CCCAGUCGGAAGAGAGCUUGAGACGCUCGUCGGCGACGGAGCGGUCAAGACGUUCCUCGAGUCAAUCCUCUCGAAGAGCAACGUCGGACCCGCGGACUCUCUCUUUCUCUCUCUCCCUCUUUCUCUCUCUCUCUCUCGCUCGCUCUCUCUCUCUCUCUCUCUCUCUCUCUCUCUCUCAUUCGCGAUCGUCAUCAAGCAAUAGUGGCCAAUCGUCGAUCUUUUACCCGCGGGCUGACAGAGAGACCAACGAUUCGACGAGAGCACUCGGAAGAGCGGCGAGAUCAUCAAAUCAAGAAUCAAUCAGCGAUCAGAAGUCCAGGAGACGUCCGAUGGUCUCAUGAGGAAAAGCAACGUCCGCGCAACUGCACCGAGGAGAUUCACGUUGGAGGAGAAACAGAAAAGAAGAGAGCGGACAAGCACGACUGUGAUCCGACACCUGAGAUCCAAGUGACCAGCUAGAAUAAUCAUCACGCCGACAAAUUUGCAAGAAGGAAUCACGGUGUUAUUCCUAAGAAAAACCGAGAGGAGUCUCGGAGUGUGUCGGAAGUCGCAAUCAUCACAAGUAGCCGCGGGACCAAUCGGAGAUCCGGGAUCCGUGCUGCCGAUCGAUCGUGUCGAUCCGCUUCUCGGACACAGGUGGAGAAGAUAGAACGAAGUGGAAGCUCGCGUGCUCGACGUGCUCGUGGACGGGCAUCAAUGCAUCCCCCCAGACAGUGGGAAGGGUUGAUCGUGCCGAGAAGCCAGCAUUGCCUCGAGACGGUGGCCCGGUAUCGAUAUCUACGGGGUACUUCAUGAUCGCUUCCCCAUGAGAGAGACCAGCCCCGUCGCCGUAACGAUCAUCAUCAUCAUCGUCGUCGUCGUCGUCGUCGUCGUCUCACCUGUCGUCACACCCGUGCGUUCAGCGUCGUCCGAGACCGAGUGCCAGACUGUGAUACUGCCCCGUGUGAUAGAAAGAUCGCCUUGUGAUCCUCCGUGUUUUACCUCAAUGUACUCAAUGUUCGCGAAUCGAUUGAACGUGGUCGUGACCCUGGUAUUCGCCAUCGCGUUUCUUGUGGCGGAAUCGGGGAACGCACAGGUGGACGGCUUCCCCCAAUUCAACACGAAACGGAGCUCCAUCAGCGCGCCGCAGAGAUAUUGCGGCAAGAAGCUGUCCAACGCGCUGCAGAUAGUCUGUGAUGGCGUGUACAACUCGAUGUUCAAAAAGAGUGGUCAAGAGAUGGAACUGGCCGAUUAUCCAUUCCCUUACGAGUCGUUCCCGUUCGUACCCCCGGAGAGGGCGAACGGCAUGCUGGACCGCACAUCCGCACGUUUCCGGAGAUCGCGGGGUAUCCACGAGGAGUGCUGUGUCAACGCGUGCACAAUAAGCGAACUGUCCAGCUACUGCGGUCCCUAAACGCGCGCGUUUCGGAAACCAGAAACCCCUUCGACUUCCGCUUUACCGCUCAAUCACCAUGCAACCGAAAUAAUCCCGUAUAAUACCGUCACCGAAUACACCCACGCGCAAACACAUACAUACACACAGCGGACACACACAUACAUAUAUACGAUCAGCAGACCACGUACAUUGGACACCCACAUCGAGGAACUCACCGGUAACUGCAUCGUCGCUGCAGACUGACUCGUGAUAAUUAUGUAUACAUUUACGAAGGAGCUGACUGAUUGUGAUUGCGUACGUUCUUGUUCUGGAUUCCUCGUAGAAGACAAGGGAGCAGCGGAAGGAGGGGAAAACGGGGAGCCGCAGCCCUGUAAGACAAAAAAUAUCAGGCACGAAAUCAGAAUCGUUUGGUCCUGUUUAAAUUAACGACACUUGCCUCGGAAAGUAGAUUAAUCGUUUUUUUAUUUCUAUGACUGAGAAUGCUUGGACGCGCUUGUAAACCCUAGGCAGGGUCCGUCCAACCUCUGUUCGGUUUUUACGUCUUAAUAUGAUCAUGUCGGAUGCACUUUCGACAAUUCUUCCUUCGCCUACUCUGCCUUGUCUACAAAAUAAAAAAAAAAAGAAAAAUGCGAAA